AUGGGGUCAAUUACCUGGUACUCGCAGUGUAUCCCCGUCCCCGGAAGCCCCGACGACCUCGCCAUCGCCCGAGGCUCCGAAGGCGCCGCCCAGACCACCAGCUUCCAGACUGUCGUCACCGUCACCAUCAUCGCCGAGCAGACCGUCGCCCCCACCGUCCACCAUCACCCUCAUCCCCGACGACCCCUGAACCCCAAGAACCGCCGUCGCGAGGUCCGCGCCCGACAGCACAAGCGUUCCCCGCCCCCGCCCCGCCGUGGCCGGAGACCCGACUCCCGGCCAGCUCCAGGACGGCCAGCUCUGGAUCCGCGCCGUCACCGCCCCCACUUCCACGACUACCUCCAAACCGAGCCCCAGAACGAGCCCGGCACCGCCAUCCUCGGCUCCAAAACCUCGGCCGGCCAGUACAGCAUCGUCGACGGCCAGCUCAUCAGCGGCGGCAGCGCCGAUACCCUCUACCUCCAGGUCGAGAAGCCCGACGACCUCACCCAGCGCAAGCUCGCCACCUGGUUCAAUACCACCAAGAAUGAGUUUGGCGCCUUUGAAUUCAGCGGCGACGCCGUCAUCUGGAACGCCCCCGACGUGAGGCGCGAGAACGCCGCUGCUUGGCUCGCCUGCGAGGAAAGCGCGCUCUUUAUCAAUACCGGUGCUUAUGCCUACAACACCCCUGCGGGUUGCAGCGACCAUACGAUACACUACUACAAUGGCGCUACUACCGACUAA